AAGCAAGUUUAAUCACCAAAUUUCUAUCUCUGUUUUAUCCCACAUGAGUUAGGAACUUCAGGCCCAGAUUUUGCACCCAAUAGCCCAUUACCGGUUUUCGCCAGAGUCGACUAAUCUUUAAGGGGAACACCCCAACUCCAAAAGUAGAGAACCAAAAAAAUCUGCUGGUAACAGUUUAAAGACUUCAACGCUGCCAGCAUCUCUUAUCUGUUCCCUCCAACCUUACCUGAGUGAAACAUGAAUUCCUCAAUCUGCAUGCCGGUUUCUUCUUCUAGCACUGCUUUGAAACACAGCCUAAACCCUUUUCUUGGUAACUUUCUCCCUUCAAAACCAUAUGCACCUAUCAGAAGAAGUGCUUGCGUAACUACUAUAAAAGCGCUUCUAUCAACUACAAAAGAAGCAGUGUUGAAAAACUUCCAUGAACGAAGAGCUCUCAAGAUUAUCUCAGGGUUGCAGAAUUUUGAUAGAGACAACGUGGCUUCGGUUGUUACAGCUGCGGAUAAGGGUGGAGCAACUCAUGUGGACAUAGCUUGUGACCCAGAAUUAGUGAAACUUGCCAUUAGCCUAACUUCUUUACCGGUUUGUGUUUCAUCAGUUGAUCCAGCUGCAUUUUCAGCUGCAGUUGAAGCAGGAGCAUUGAUGGUGGAGAUUGGAAAUUAUGAUUCGUUUUACGAGACAGGUGUAGUUUUCUCUCCAGGGCAGAUACUAAAGCUAACAAAGGAGACCAGGAGCAUUCUUCCUUCUGUGACCCUAUCAGUUACAGUGCCUCACACUCUUAGCCUUCCCGAUCAGGUCAAGCUUGCAGAGCUGCUGGAAAGGGAAGGCGUUGAUAUUAUCCAAACUGAAGGAGGAAAAUGUUCCACUCCCUCAAAACCGGGUGUCCUCGGUUUGAUUGAGAAGGCUACACCAACAUUAGCAGCAGCAUAUUCUAUAUCAAGGGCUGUCAGGAUUCCUGUUAUGUGCUCAUCUGGACUUAGUGCAGUUACAGCACCAAUGGCAAUCACAGCAGGGGCAGCCGGUGUGGGUGUGGGCUCAGCGGUCAACAAGCUUAACGAUGUUAUAGCAAUGGUUGCAGAAGUCAGAAGCAUUGCUGAAUCAUUGAGCAUGGCAGCUGAUAAACAAACUCUAUCCAAAGAGAGAAGCUUCAAGAUGUAGCUUAGAGCAUUUCGGGCAAAAAAGGAAUGACAAAUGAAUUGUGGCUGGAAUAUGAGUAGAGAUAACUUGGCCACUGAGGAGAACAAUAAAAAAAAAAAAAGAAUAAAUCUACUGGGACGGAAUUAAGAAAGUGAAACUUUGGUAUCAGAUCAACAUGCCUUGCCCUUUUUGUAAAUUUCUGCAAAUUUAAAUACGAACUGUAUUAAUGGAAGAAGCAUUGGUUGAUGAAAAAGUAUCAAGAAAAAGGGUUAUAUUAAAUUUUGUUU